CACAGCGCAACCACCUUGACCUCAUUUUCACAUCAACCUCCAUCCCUCGCCUUCAUCUCUUGUUCUCUUAUUGACUCCCUUUUUCUCCCCUUCUUCGUUUUUCACUUUCCUCGUCUACGUCCAUUCCCUACUUCUCCCAACUUGCCACAUCUGUCUCGUUGCGACACCCUUCGACUGACGUAGACUUUUUGCUCCAUCUGCGAUUUGCCUCGACAGAGGCAGGCAGCCAACAUGGGCGACAUCGUCAUCAAUGCGAACACCUUUUUCGAUCGCCUGACUGCCCUCUACAACUCCUGGAAGGCCGACAAGCGAUCCGGAGAUGGAUCUUUUGGUGGCGCAGACAGUAUGGUCGUCUUGACCGGAAAGGCUGAUCAGGACACUAAUUACACCAAGAGCAAUGCCUUACAUUUUUGGCUUCUAGGCUAUGAAUUUCCUGCGACGCUGAUGGUCUUCACCUCUGCGGUCAUGUACCUCGUCACCACGGAAAAGAAGGCUCGGCAUCUACAGAACCUUAAAAAUGGCAAAAUCCCCUUCGAGAUUCUCACGGUCAAUACCAAAGAGCCCGAAUCCCGCACCAAGGCAUUUGAGAAGUGCAUCGAUGUCAUCAAGAGUGCAGGCAAGAAGGUCGGUGUCAUUCAAAAGGCUGAAGCCCACGGCCCCUUCGUCGACGAAUGGAUGAGAAUGUAUGGCGACAUCUCGAAAGAGGUUGAAGAGGUCGACAUUUCUGUUGCGCUAGCUACCGCUUUCGCGGUCAAGGAUGAAACUGAACUGAGGGCGAUGCGGACUGCCGCGCAGGCAGCGAGCGCCAUGAUUUCCAAGUACUGGGUCGAUGAGAUGUCCGAGGUCCUCGACCAAGAAAAAAGAAUUAGUCAUCGAGCUCUCGUGGAUAAGAUGACGAAGAAGAUCGAUGACACCAAGUUCUUCAGGGGAAUCUCAAAAAUCCCAAGCGAUUUCGACAACCAGCAAUUGGAUUGGGCCUACGGUCCGAUCGUUCAGAGCGGGGGACAGUAUGAUCUCAGAUGGACAGCUCAACCGAACGACGACAAUCUACAUUCUGGCUGUAUCAUGGCGGGUCUGGGUUUUCGAUACAAGACAUAUUGCUCGAUCGUGGCCAGAACAUACCUGAUCGACCCGAGCAAGUCUCAGACCGCGAACUACAAGAUUCUUCUCUCCGCGCACGAAGCUGCGAUGAAGGAAAUCAAAGACGGAAUCGUCAUGAAAGAUGUGUACAACAAGGCUUUGGGUGUCAUCAAAGCCAGAAAGCCAGAACUCGAGAAGCAUUUUGGUAAAGAUGUCGGAGCAGCAAUCGGUAUUGAAGUGCGUGACCCGAAGUUCAUUCUCAAUGGAAAGAAUUCCCGGGUACUCAAGGACGGCAUGACUGUGAGCGUCACCACAAGUCUUUCUGAUCUUACCAACGACAAACCACAAGACAAGAAGGGCGUGAGUUAUACUCUGGUGUUGACCGACACCGUUCGUGUUACUCGAGGAGAGCCCGUCGUGUUCACUAAGGAGGCAUCCACGGAUCUUGACUCGAUCGAAUUCUACUUCAAGGACGAUGAAGAAGAGGUAAAGCCAAAGCAGGAAAAGACCAAAAAGCCUGGCGCCAGUGCUAUCGCAGCUUCAAAUAUCAAAUCAUCCAGACUACGUGGUGCCAGUCGACAAGACAAUGCGAAAGAAGAAGAAGAGUCUCGCCGACGAGAACAUCAAAAGGAGCUUGCUCAGAAGAAACAGAGAGAAGGCCUCGACAAAUAUGCCGAAGCCACCGGCGAUAUGAAUGGAGAAAACGAAAAGAAAUUCAAGAAAUUCGAGUCGUACAAGCGAGACGGCCAGCUUCCUCCUCGGGUCAAGGACAUGAUCGUAUGGGUUGACCAUAAAGCAUCGACUGUUAUUCUUCCCAUCAUGGGCAGGCCUGUGCCAUUCCACAUCAACACCAUCAAGAACGUCAGCAAAUCCGACGAAGGUGAAUAUACACAUCUCCGAUUCAACUUUCUGUCUCCUGGUCAGGGUGUGGGACGUAAGGAUGAUCAGCCAUUUGAAGAUCCUCAAGCACAUUUCAUCCGAUCACUUACGGUCAGAUCUAAGGAUCAAGAUCGUUUAUCAGAAGUGUCAACCCAGAUCACCGAACUCCGCAAGGCCGCCGUACGCCGUGAACAGGAGAAGAAGGAAAUGGAAGAUGUCGUCGAACAAGACAAGCUGAUUGAAAUCCGCAAUCGUCGACCCAUCAAGCUCACCGAUGUCUACCUUCGACCUGCACAAGAUGGCAAGCGCGUCCCCGGAGAGGUGGAGAUUCAUCAGAAUGGUCUUCGAUAUCUGUCACCAUUGCGUAACGAUCAUGUUGACGUUGUUUUCUCCAAUGUCAAGCACUUGUUCUUCCAGCCUUGUGUUGGUGAGAUGAUUGUCUUGAUCCACGUUCAUCUCAAGAAUCCCAUUAUCAUUGGCAAGCGCAAGACCAAAGACGUCCAAUUUUACCGAGAAGCGACCGACAUGGCUUUUGAUGAGACUGGAAACCGCAAACGCAAGCAUCGUUUCGGUGAUGAGGAAGAGUUUGAACAAGAACAAGAAGAGAGACGGCGUCGAGCAGAACUCGAUAGAUUGUUCAAGGGUUUCGCCGAGAAGAUCUCUGAUGCUGCACGGGAAUACAACAUCGCCGUCGACAUCCCGUUCAGAGAGUUGAGCUUCAACGGUGUGCCCUUCCGCAGCAAUGUGCUCAUGGCACCUUCUACGGAUGCUCUCGUCCAACUGACCGAACCACCUUUUACUGUGAUUACUCUUGAUGAGAUCGAGAUUGCUCAUCUCGAAAGAAUUCAGUUCGGUCUUAAGAACUUUGAUCUUGUGUUCGUCUACAAGGACUACCAUCGCCAACCAACACAUAUCAAUACCAUUCCCGUCGAGUCCCUUGAUCGAGUACGAGAAUGGCUGGAUAGUGUGGAUAUUGCUUUCACUGAAGGUCCUCUAAACUUGAACUGGGGUACUAUCAUGAAGACGGUGACAACGGACCCACAUCAAUUCUUCAAGGACGGUGGUUGGAGUUUCUUGAAUACGGACACCGAUUCGGAAGACGAUGAAGAGUCUGAAGAAGAGAGUGCUUUCGAGAUGAGUGAUUCCGAGCUUGCAGCAAGUGAAUCAGAAAGUGAGGAGGAUAGCGAGUUUGACGAAGAUGCCUCUGCUAGCGACGACGAAGGAGAAGGCGAGAGUGACUUGAGUGAUGAAGGAGAUGAUUGGGAUGAAAUGGAGAAGAAGGCGAAGAAGGAAGAUCGUAGAGGAGCGAUGGAGGAGGAAGACAAGAGCAGAAAGCGAAAGAGAUGAGGCAGCAAUGCUCGUCUCGUUGAAGCUUGAAAUGAUGCCUUGGGUGGUGACAUGACAACGAUGCAAGGCUGGUGAGGUUGAGCUGAAAAGUGUGAUUUUGGUACCCUGUGUAUGAGAUAUCUUGAGCACAAUUGCGGAGGUUCUCUUGAUGCUUCAUACCUCGGAUUGUGGUAUCGAUAAUUCCAGAUUACCACAACCUUACAUGUGUUAUUCUAGUUUCAGAGAAUUAUUUCUAGGAGCCAGAAAAAUUUAUGAAACAUGUAUUAAA